GAGACCGGUAGCCAUCCUGAUUACGCAACUUCUCUAGCGAUUUUUGAACUUUACGCGCGAGGAAGAGGACUUUGCCGCUCGUCAUAGUGACGUCAGUGAUUGCGUCUUGCUUUCUGAUUGGUUUAAAAACCUCUCAGAAGCCAACACAGCUGGCAAGAGGACAACAAAUAUGCCGCGGAAACUGAGAUCCACAAGCUCUGGUGACAAACCAUCAGUUGUCAGGAAGCAUGAUGACCCCACAAGUACAUCUCAAGAGGCUGGUGGUGCACCAUCAUCAAGAAGCUACAGUAGUGAACCAGGCCCAUCUACAUCUCGACAAACUGAUGCUGCACGUUUAAGAAGAGGCUGUCAGACUAGGUCUUUUCUGGAUCUCCUUGAUGAAAGUGACUUCAGUGAGAGUGAUGAUGACUGGCUACCCGAGGCAGUGAUCAUCUGGGAGACUAAUUGGAACCAUGCUCCUCAGAAUGCAACAGAAAAUUUAGGAGCUUGUAACUUACUGAAACCAAUUGAGUAUUUCCUAUCUUAUGUCAGUGAGGAUUUUUUGGGAGAUAUUGCAAUGUAUACAAAUAUGAAAUCAAUUGAAACUACAGGUGCAUGUAUUAACACAAACAGCAAAGAAAUUGCCACUUUCAUAGGAAUGACAUUUGCUAUGUCAAUCAUAAAGAUGCCAAGAAUUAGAAUGUAUUGGCAGUCAAAAACUAGGAUCCCUUGGAUAGCUGAUAAAAUGGCAAGAGACAGAUUUUUCCGUCUCAGACAUUCCUUAAAGGUUAUUAAUGAUAACACUGUAUUGGAAGACGACAAAAAAAGUGACAGGUUAUGGAAAGUAAGACCUUUGUUGGAAGCAGUACGAACUCGUUGCAGCGAGUUGCCAAGGCCAUCGAAGGUCAGUAUUGAUGAAAGCAUGAUUCCUUUUCGAGGUAGAAUCAGUAUCAGGCAACAUGUCCCUGGCAAACCUUUCCCAGACGGGUUAAAAAUGUUUGUACUAGCUUCUCCAAGUGGAAUGGUACUCGAUUUUGAAAUUUUUCAAACUAAAGAAGCAUUGCUAUCCAUUGUUGAAAAGCUGAAUGUUAAACCUGACAGAACCCUCACAACUGGUGAAGCAGCAGUAUUAAGAGGUCUUCGAGGAACAGGCACAAUUAAGAAAAACAUGGUACCUAAAGAGGCUAAGCAGAAAUUAAAGACUGAGGCAACCUUGCGCAAAGAGGGCAGAGGGGCAUCUGAUUGCCAAGUCCGAAAUGAUAACAAGGUGGCUGUCACUGCUUGGUAUGACAAAAAGUUGGUACUAAUGGCUUCCAAUGAGUUCUCUAUUGAUGACGAAGAUAUAUGCCAGCGGUGGUCUAAGGCUACCAAUACCCAUGUUGGUGUAAAGAGGCCCCGUGUGGUAAGGGAGUACAACAGUGCCAUGGGGGGUGUGGAUGUUCAUGACCAAAUAGUCAGCUAUUACAGAAGCCCCAAUCGCACUAAGAAGUGGACUGUUAGGGUGGUAUUGCAUUUACUUGAUGUUGUAACUGCCAACUGUUGGCUGGAAUACAGAAAGGAUAUGGAGUCAAAACCCAAACAAUAUCUAGACUUCAAAUUAAUCUUGGCAGACCAGUUAAUGUCAGGUGAUUUCUUUGACCAUGCCACUGACAGUCAGAGUAUUUCUGAUGCAAGUCUCUCUUCAGUAGACUGUAUUGAUUCAGAGACUGAGCCCCCUCCAAAGGCAGCUAAACAGGGCUUGACUCCUCUGCCAAACAGGGCUGAAAGAAAGAAAGGUGCAUCUCAUCUCCCAAUAGUCAUUGAUGGUAAGAACUCUUUCCGCAGAUGUCGCAGAGAAGGAUGUAAGAAUAGAACACGAACAUUGUGCUCUCAGUGUAAUGAUUAUUCUAUUGAAGUGAUAUUUUUCUUUAGUCUUGAACCAGAGAAUAAUCUCAUGAAAGAUUUAUUUUCCUAUAGAGGUGCUGCAAUUUAUUCUAGUCUUGAACUAAAGAGAAUCCCAGGUGUCAUCACAGCAACAAGUGCCACCUGGGCACCCUAUGGCACGAAAUGA